GCAUUCUCAAUCCCUCUCCAACUUCUCCGCGUCUUCGUCUCCGGCCGUGCUCCUCUUCGUUCUCCGGCGACUCAUCGGUGCCGUCGUAGGGGGAUCUGAUCGAAUUCUCUUCGAUUUCGGCGUGAUUUGAGGUGAUUCAUUCUUGCAAUCAUGUUUCUUGUGGAUUGGUUCUAUGGUGUCCUUGCAUCGCUUGGAUUGUGGCAGAAGGAGGCCAAGAUCUUGUUUUUAGGGUUAGAUAAUGCCGGGAAGACAACGCUUCUUCAUAUGCUCAAGGAUGAGAGAUUGGUCCAGCAUCAGCCGACGCAGUAUCCGACGUCGGAGGAGCUGAGCAUCGGGAAGAUCAAGUUCAAGGCGUUUGAUCUUGGAGGUCAUCGUAUCGCUCGCCGUGUUUGGAAGGAUUAUUACGCCAAGGUUGAUGCAGUGGUAUACCUAGUGGAUGCCUAUGACAAGGAUAGGUUUGCAGAGUCAAAGAAGGAGCUUGAUGCUCUUCUCUCGGAUGAUUCUCUUGCCAUGGUUCCCUUCCUCGUACUCGGGAACAAGAUUGACAUCCCAUAUGCAGCAUCUGAGGAGGAGCUUCGUUUUCACCUGGGUUUAAGCAACUUCACCACUGGCAAGGGCAAGGUGAAUCUAGCAGACUCCAACGUCCGUCCUCUCGAGGUCUUCAUGUGCAGCAUUGUCCGCAAGAUGGGUUACGGUGAUGGCUUCAAAUGGCUUUCUCAAUACAUCAAGUAGGCGCAUGAAAAACUCGAAAGUACAUACAUCACCUUCUACUGUUAGUCCAGUCUAGUGUGAAGAACCCUUUCUUUUCUUGUUAAUUUUCCAUUUGGUGUUGGUAGGUUAUAUUUGGAGUCAUAGAGAAUGGAAACAAUGUAAAACUUUGUGAGUUAGGUUUUCUCAACUGCUUAUGCUCUUCCCUUUUUUUUUUUUCAAAUGAUGUUUUGAUUUUCAUGUGAUGUAGUAUACUUGCCUCCUCUCUCAUUUGGUUUUCUUUUCAUGUGUUAAUCUUUUACAUAUA